AUGUAUGAAAACUCUAGUGAACCCUCUUAUACGAAUGUAUCAACUCGUCCAUGUCGUAUACAAUAUGGUCGUUGGUCAGUUGAUAGACCACCAAUUUCGAAACAACUACCAGAUGAAUCUAUUGCACAACAUUCAUCAUCUUUUCAUCUACCUUAUUCACAACGAAUUAAACGAACACUUACACCAAACUAUGUAAACUACUAUCCAUCAUCAUCAUCGUCGUCAUCAUCGCAUUUAUCAAAUCAUGAACGUCCGAAGUCAACAAUUCUUUGUGAUUCAACUUUAACAAACCAUUCAACAUUUCAUGUUAAUGAUCUUCGUCGACGAUAUGAAUCUAAAACUUUAGUUGGUAUUGUUAAACCAAUGGUUCAUCAACGAUCAUACACUCAAUUAAACAGUCCUAAUGAUGAAAGUAAAGUUCCAGAUAUGACAAUGACAAAUUCCAAUCAUCAUAGUUCAGUUCGUUCAUUAUAUCCACCACCAAUACCAGCAUCAUCUGUUGUUUAUCGUACACGCCCUACACCACCAUCUCAUAAUAAUACAAAUGGUCAACCACCCAUAGCACCCCGACGAUAUUCAUCAAUCAACACAAAUAACCAUGCAUUAUCUCAUCGUUCAUCAAGAACAACAUCAACAUCAUCUUCGAUUCUUGGUAUGAAUGAACUUUCAUCAACAAUAUCACCAAAUGAAAAUGAACAACAAAAUGAUGAUAAUAUGAUUAUUGUUGAUGUUAAACGUAUUGAAAUGUUUUAUAGUAGUGUUGGAACAUUAGUUAAAGCAGCUCGUUCAGUAGCUCGUCUUUAUAUAACAACAACAAGACAAUUAGCUAAUUUUGAAGAUUGGUCAUGUCAACAAUUUGGUGUUCCUGUUUGGAUUUAUAAUACAGGAGCUAAUUUAAAACGAACACGACAAGUACAAUUAAUGCUUGCACAACAUGAAAGUUGUUUUGCUGUAUGGUCAAGUUUAAUAUCUGAUCAAGCUGAAUUACGUUUACCGAAAGAUAAUUAUAUAACAUGUUGGUUACCAGAAUCAAAUAUGCUUGCAAUAUUUAAAUUUGAACGUAAUGAUGCAUGUCGAUUAUUUUUUCGACAUUAUUACGAAAUAUUAGAAUAUGAACGACGUAUGAAUUUAGCAAAUCCACCUCCAUUACCAGCUGAUAAUAAUAAUAAUAAUAAUAAUGAUAAUGAUACUUCACAACAAAAUAAUAAUAAAGAAAUUCCACGCCGUUAUUCACGUUUAAGAACAAUAUCAAAUAAACAAGAUAAAGAACAAGAACAACAACAAUAUGAAUUACGUCGUUGUCGAAGUUUAUCAAAAAUUCGAACUGUUAAAAAAUCGGAUAUAUCAGGACCGAUUAAUUUUGAACAUGUUAAUCAUAUAAGUAAUGGUUCUAAUCAACAAAAAUUACGACCAUUAUCAGGUUCAAUAACACUUCGUUCAUUACAUGCUUCUAUGUCACAAUUACCUAAUAAUGGUACAAUAAUGGAACGAUUUUUUAAUCAAAAUAAAAAACGUGCUUCAACUUCAUUUGAACCACGAACAACAGCAGUUUAA